GUUUCUCAACUUGUUAACAGUUUUCAAGGUGUCGUCACAGUAGUUGGUUAAAAAUUAAGAAAGACCAAUCAAAUCAAGAAAAGUAAAAAAAUGGCAUGGAUGUAUAAUAUACUAUGUCUUGCCAUAAUUGCAAUAACAAGCGCAAAUGCAGCUACCAAUUACUGCGAUUUGAGAUCAUGUACGCAACGCGGAUCUAUUCAAACAAUGUGCAAAUAUCCUUCACCUAAUCCGUCGUCAGCAUGUGUUAAUGUAAACGAUCGUGGAUUAACCGAAAACGAGAAAAGUACAGUAAACAGACAUAACGAAUUAAGACAAUAUGUCGCAUCGGGUAAUGAAAGGAGAGGAAGCAAUGGCCCACAACCACCAGCAGCUUAUAUGCCAAACUUGACAUGGGAUGACGAAUUAGCAACGGUUGCACAAAGAUGGGUGGAUCAGUGCCUUAUACAACAUGAUCAGUGUAGGAACGUGCCAAGAUUCGUGGUUGGACAAAACUUGGCCGUGACAAUGAAUUCGGCAGAAAAUAACACCCCAGUGGAAGAUAUGAUUUCAAUGUGGUAUGACGAAGUUGCUCAAUUCGACAGCAAUCAAGUUAAAAGAUUUACGGAUGGUAAUGGUGUAGGCCAUUACACACAGCUUGUCUGGGCUGAGACAACAAAAAUCGGUUGUGGUUGUAUCAAGUUUAGGAGAGAUGGUUGGAAUAAUAAUUUGUUCAUUUGCAACUAUGGACCAGCUGGAAAUGUUAUUGGUCAAUCAAUUUACAAAAUCAGGGAAUAAUUUUGAUUUAACACCUACAACUUUUAUGCUUUUUAGAAGCUGACAAAAAAUGUACAAA